AUGGAGAUUUGUCGAAAGUGCGGUCCUUUCUCAAAUGACUGCGGUGAUAGCAGCCGAGCGUUUGACCACGGCGACAGCUUCCGGUCGAGUCUCGUGGCCGUCAUUGUCCCCGACGAGAUCGCUCUCUCGGCGCUUGCUGCGUCACUGCAACUCGGUGGGUCGUUGGCCGACUGGUGCCGUAACCCCGAGAUCGUAUCCGCCGUCCUCGACAAUUUGACCAAGCACAGUAAGCAGAAAGGUCUACUCGGAUUUGAGACGGUGCGCGCGGUGCUGCUCGAGCCGACGCCUUUCUCGGUGGAGGACGGCUUGCUUACGCCGACGUUCAAGCUCAAGCGUCACGAUGCCAAGGUCGUCUACGCCAAGGUGAUCGACGCGCUUUAUGCAAGUAGCGGCGACAGCAACCUCAAGGCGACGCUCGAUUAA